AAUGGCUGGACGGGCGGGCGCCAGGCAGUGGACGAGCGACUGUUGCAAUUUAACGUCGAAAGCUCUAGGGUUUGAGGAGAGCAGAGAUGUGCUUCCGGACCGAACUGCAACCCCACACUACUUCCCUCCUCUGCAGUUUAACCCUGUUUCCCUUGCAACCGGAGAGGACUACGACUAUAUGCUGGCACUAAAACAGGAAUUUCGAGCUACAAUACGAGAAUUGCCCUACUACAUCAAGCCACAGCGUACCAGCCGGGAUGUCCAACGAUACACUGACAAGUACCAGUUGAAUGGAGCAGGAGACAGCUCAUCAAAAUGGGUACCAAUGUGGAGCAGACUGCCAAAGGAGUUGCGGAUACGAGAUAGGAAAAUAAGGAAGGAUAAAACUGUGCUGAAGCCAACUAUUCUGCUUCAGAACAACAAGAGUAAAGCUAACUCAUCUAAGAAUCCCAAAGAUGUUAUAAACACACUCAAGGAAUUGGAACAGCAAGAAGCAAAAGCUUCAGAUGAAGAGGACGAGAAAGAGAACGAGGAGAACAAGAAGCUCAGCAAGGAGAAAGAUGACGAUAAUGAAGAUGAAAAUGAGGUAGACGAGGAAGACUAUGAUGAAGAGGAAAUGGAGGAAGGCACCGAUUACAUAUCCACCUACUUUGACAAUGGAGAGAAUUAUGGAGAUGAUGAAGAUGAUAACAUUGAUGAUGGACCGGUCUACUAACAAGAAGCUGCAUUUCGCACUAAUAGACUAGAACCUAAGUAUUAAAAGCACUCAUGGACAUGGCAUGGGUUUGCAUUAAUGUCUGUACAUUAGUAACACCAGUACCAACAUGAUGUUAGGUUAAUUGUUUUCAAUAACUUUUGUUCAAUAACUUUGUCUUCAAUAACGUUGUCUUCAAUUACGUUGUCUUACAUAACGUUGUCUUCAAUAACGUUGUCUUCAAUAACGUUGUCUUCAAUAACUUUUGUUAUGCCACUGUUGGUAUAUGCCAUGUAUAUAUUACACGCCUAUCAGGAAAUGGAACAUUUUGCUUAUAAUUAUUUGCAUCCAUGUGUAUGGUAUUAUGCUUUUAGUUAAUAAGCUAUUAUACUAGCUACAUUCAUAGAAAACAAUAAAUGCAAAUGUGUUAGAUCUGGUGUUUAAUAUUCUUUACAUGAUAACACGUUUACCCAUACAGAUACCUUCUUCCAGGGUAUGAUUCUGCAAAAUUACUCGGGCAUAGAUAUUUGCACGUAUUGUCUUUGCAUGUUUUUGCAAUUAAUGUACUUAAUUGAUGUAUGUGUCGGAGAAUGGCAUGCUGCAUGUUGAAACACAUAUUUAUCAGUGUUGUAGGUGUCGAGGCCGGCCUCGAGCCCGGUUUCUUUGGCCUUGGCCUCGGAGUGCAAUAACUCGGACUCGGGUCGAGGCCACUACAUAACUGUACAUAUCAGUGAUGUAGUAUAUGCGCAUGCUAUCGCUAGCACACUCCCUACCAGCUAGCACUGUUCGCAAUCACGUAUAUGCUUCCAAGUAUAGUUUUCAACAUACUAUUUAACUAGCACUGCGCUGAUACCGUGUUUAUUUUGUUUAAACUGUUUUACCCAUACAUUGUGCUGAGCAAAUUCAUUUAUUGGGCUCUAUGGAACUAUGUGGGAAAUACCCUGCGCUACCAUCGCCUUAUCGCGCUGGUAUGAUGCUGCAAUAAUUGAGCACAAACAAACCCAAAUUUGAACCUGUAUACGCGGCGCAAUUGCAACUACUUUGUCCGUCCUUAUAUCAAAAUAAUAGAUAUAACAGUUGUAUUGUUGGUGAUUAAACUUGAAGUCUUAUUUGUGCACUUUUUGUUUUUUCUGUCAUGUACUAUGUACGAUUAUACAAUUAUGGAAAGAAUUUUCUGAUCAGUAUUUAACAAUUGUGCAGUAAUUCUGUAGCAAGGAACAUGAACAUGAAACGUCUGUAUUAUUGGUGUAAUGUCAUAUUACAUGGUAAACCGGAUUGGGCUUAUGUAACUCUUUAUGUGAUAUGUGAUAUAUAAUCACAAAAUAAUAUGUUCAGGUAAUGCCAAGCCAUUUUUUCUAUCGACGUGCUUGUGUGUCUUUGACAGUUUUUUUAAUGUUCGAACUUCAUAGUUGAACAAAUAAAACAAAGAAAUGAAGUUUAUGCUACAAGAACAAA